CGGUCCGGCGCUCGAAUUUUUUUAUUAUUUUUUUCCGCUCACUAACCCCGCAUCCCCGCGCGCGCUGGAAGCGAAACGAAAUUUUUGCGGCAAAAAUUGUUUGGUGUGAAAAGAAGAGUGAAAUAAAUGAACUAUCCCAGUGCGGUGUUCUGAACGGAAAAUGUAUCGAAAAUGAAAGAAAGGAAACCGCGAAGAGAGCGACGAAAGAAGUGCGUGCGGCGAAAAGAGAGCGAAAAGUGCCAAAAAUAAAAUAAACAGGCCCGGCGGCAAGCGCACUUGUUGGAAUCCAAGAAGAAGGCGAGCGCAGAUCAAGGAAAGGCAAAGCAGGGAAAAACCAGAAGGAGAAACAGCAAUCGAAGCGGAACCAAAAAGGAGGCGAAGCAACAGCAGCAGCAACAAGUGCCAUAAGAAGCAGCGAAAAUGUGCAUAUGACAAUUGGCUUAAACUCUCCCUCUGCACACCAGUUUCUCCGUUCUUUCUUGCUCCUCCUCUUGCACGCAUCGCUCACCCAUCCUCUCUGUGCAUCUUCAUCUCCCUUUCAUUGCCAUUGCCAUUGCCAUUGCCAUCUCUCUUCCAAUAUCCUCUGCACACACACGCACGCACGCACAUAUCUACAUCUGGAAGGAGUAGUGGCAAGAGAGAGAGAGAGAGAGAGAGAGUUGGGAAACAUGCGGAGACCGGUCGCUGCGCUGAGCGGGAAGCACUACAUCGUCAUCGGCGUGCUCCUGGGCAUCGUUCUCAGGUGCUAUAUCCCGGAGGGCAUGUGGAAGCUGGUAGAGCAGGAGGAGUGUCCGCAGGAGGCCGCCGAGAAUCGGCUGAUCGAGCGCUUUGGCCAGGAUUUUGAGCCCCAUUUGAACCUAAUCAAUAAGCCGCUUGAGGCCAAAAAGCCGGUUAAGAAUGUAAUUCGGCCGCGUUACUACUCCUCAGAGCUGGGCAUUCGCGAGAAGAUCUUCAUUGGGGUUAUGACCGCACAGGAGCACAUCAACACCUUUGCCACGGCCUUCAAUCGCACCACCGCCCACCUGGUGAACAAGAUCAAGUUCUUUAUUUAUGCGGACAGCGUGAAAACCAACUACAAGCUAAAGAACAUUGUUGGUUUCACGGACACCCAGGAGAGUCGGCGUCCCUUCCAUGUGAUCAAGUACAUUGCCGAUAACUACCUGGAUGAAUAUGAUUACUUCCUGCUGGUUCCGGACAAUGUCUACGUGGACGCCAGGAAGCUAACCAAGCUCCUCUAUCACAUGAGCAUCACAUUUGAUCUGUAUAUGGGCGGUGCCCGUGUCGGUCUCACUGCUCGUUCCAACGAGCCAGCAGGCGGCGAGGAGACGGAUCCGGAUCUGGAGCAGGAUCAGGACCAGGAUCAGAUGCCACCCGGUAUCAGUGAUCGUAACUACUGCUCCUUGGAGGCUGGAAUACUGCUCAGCAGCAGUGUCAUCCGCAAGAUGCGUAACAAUCUGGAACGCUGCGUCCGGAUUGGGAGCACCGGUGACCACAGCGUCAACAUUGGAAGGUGCGUCAAGUAUGCCAGUCGGGUGUCUGGAUGCCAGGAGAGUUUUCAGGGAAUGCGACAGUAUAGCUAUGCCCUGGACGCGCCAGGACGGCGACAUCGGGACUUUAGCGAUCUGGCCAAGGAGGAGGCCUUCCGCAAUGCCAGCACCGUGUAUCCCGUUCAGACACCCGAGGACUUUUAUCGCCUGCACGCCUACUACUCCAAGCAUCACCUGGAGAUGGUGCAGGAGCGUGGCUAUGCGCUGGAACAGAAAUCAUAUCGCAUUGCCAAUGGCAGCAUCUCGAACAAGAUCCUCGAGAUCCGUUGGCCCCUGGGUGUGCCACCGCCAAGUGCACCAGAGACGCGGCACGAUAUCCUUACGUGGCAGCUUCUGAAUGCCACGCACAGCUUUCUGCCGCACGGCAAUGCCGAGCAUGCGGUGGCCCUCUCACGGAUCGAGGCCCUGGACUUUGCCAAGGUCCUAGAGAUUGCCCUGCAGUAUGCGGCCCUCAAGCAUCCGCGACUAAGCUAUCACAGUCUGCACAGUGCCUACCGGAAGUUCGAUGCCACCCGCGGCAUGGACUAUCAGCUGCAUCUUAGCCUGGUGGAGGGCUCCGGUCGUAGUCGCCGCCAGUUGGUCAAGAGCUUUGAGGUGGUCAAACCUCUGGGCCGUGUCGAGGUGGUGCCCUCGCCCUAUGUCACCGAGAGCACACGAAUUGCCAUGCUGAUGCCGGCAUUUGAGCACCAGGUGCUCGAUGCUUUGGAUUUUGUGGAGCAGUACGAACGGAUCUGUAUGCAGAACCAGGACAACACCUUCCUGCUGCUGAUCUUUCUGUACCGUUUGGACUCACCCAGCAAGGGCGACGAGGAUCCGUUCAAGGCUUUGAAGACCCUGGCCCUAGAUCUUUCCUCCAAAUACAAGACGGAUGGCUCGCGGAUCGCCUGGGUGUCUAUCCGGCUGCCGGAGCAGCUUAGCGACCCAAUAGAUCCUCAGGCCUGGCUCCUGCACGCCUCCAUGUACGGGCCCCGUCAGCUGCUCAGUCUGGUGGUAGCCGAUCUGGCGCUGCCCAAGCUGGGACUCGAGUCCCUGGUGCUGCUGGCCACACCGGGCAUGGGCUUCAAGGCGGACUUCCUUAACCGGGUGCGCAUGAACACGAUCCAGGGCUUCCAGGUAUACGCGCCCAUCGGUUUCCAGAUGUACCCGUGCCGCUGGGCGCAGUUUUGCCGGGAGUGCGACACCUGCGAUGUGAGCCAAAGCAGCGGUUACUUUGAUCGUCGCAAUCACGAUGUGAUAGCCUUCUACAGCCGGGACUAUGUUCAGGCCCGCAAGCUGCUGCAUCCGCAGGGCCUGCCCAUCAUUCGCAGCGAUUUGGACAUUGACCAGCUGCUGCUGCCGCCGUCAGCCGGUGAGGAUACGACGCGACCCGCCGGCGUCGAAAGCAUAUUGGACAUGUUUGUGGCGGCGCAGCAUUCGGUGCAUAUAUUGCGCGGCGUGGAGCCAAAUCUGCGAUUCGGUCAGAAUGUGCGGAACCAUUUGGCGCGGGGCGGUUCCCUGCCGGACAGUGGUCUGCCGGAGCGCUGUGGCCGGGAGCAGUGCAUCCAUUUGGCGUCACGCAAGCAGAUCGGCGAUGCCAUCAUACGCUACGAGGAUAAAAGUAUUCUUCACAAAUAGCACAGCUUCAGCUUCAGUUCCAGCUCCAGCGCCUGCCUGUUAUAUCAUCAGUUCCUUUUUUUAUAAACUUACAUAUAUUUCCAGGUGUGACUGACUGAAGUAGUGAAUGCCUCGCGUGUGUGAUUGAAGAUCAUAUAAUGAAUAAGAUUCGUAACACCCAUCGAACUCCAUCGAGUCCCUUGGCGUUACGCUUCCCAUUCAUUAUAUGUCUUUAGUGUGUUUGUCUCUAGAUCUAGAUCUUAUACAGGACUUGUGUCAGCUCCUAUACUCGCGCACCCAUGGUAAAAUGAAAGAAAGCUUAAGCCCCUGAGCAUCCUGUAGGAGACCUAUCUCAAACCGUAACUUAGUGUGUAGGCCUAGGCAAUUCCUGUUGUUGCUUGCUUUAAAAAGUGAAACAUUCAAUGCUCAAAAUGGUGGGUCAGUAAAUAAGUAAC